AUGGCGGAUAAGGUGUUACCAAGACACUCACACAUCGAAGUGGUGAUCCAACAAGCAGUAAAUCUGGUGGGAGAGUUUGAGAAGGCAAAUGAGAUUAGCUUAACACCCCUGAGCUCGAAUCACUGGGCUGCUCAGACUUGGGAAGCCCCUCCUCUGGGGGUGUGCAAAAUUAAUUCAGAUGUGGCUUGCUUCAGGGACGCUUCCACGGGUCUGGGGUGUGUGGUUAGAGAUCACGUUGGAGAUGUUCUUUUAUCGACUUGCUGGAGAUCGCGGGAAGAGUACGAUGUUGAUAUUGGUGAGGCGUUAGCUGCCAGGCAUUCUCUUUCAAUAUCCCUUGAGGCUGGCUUCCGUAAGGUAAUUCUUGAAACGGAUAAUCUGAAACUGCUCCAGCAUGUAAAGCACAGGAAAACUCAGUGUACGAGUUUUGGCUUAAUUGUCAAGGACAUUCUUUACCUUGCAGAUUCUUGUGUCUUUUUUUAUGUAUCUCAGGUGGGAAGAAUGGGGAAUGGGGUGGCUCAUAGGCUUGCAAAAGCUAGUAUAAUGUAUGAUGUUAUGAGGGUGUGGAUGGAGGAGGUGCCUGAGUGUGCGGCUGAUGCGGUAUUGCAGGAUAUUUUAAGCCUGAGUUAA